AUGUCGCGCCUCACCAAGCUCCUGGCUACUCAAGGCAAGUCAAGCGUCCGCGAGCUGGACGCUAUAGACCUGCACACGCAUGUGUAUCUUCCGCGCUACAUGGACCUAUUACGCGCUCGAACCGACGUCCCAAUGGUGCGUCCCGGCAUCGGCGGAGAACGUUUAAUCAUCCUCCCGGCUGAGCAGCAGCAAAUGGAGCAGCAAAGCUCGACAACCCCCGGUAUCAGCGCUGGUCGCCCCAUCGGAAAAGAAUACUGGGACGUGGCCAACAAGAUCCAGUACAUGGAUCGCCACGGUAUCCGCACGUCUGUGCUGAGUCUCGCUAAUCCGUGGCUCGAUUUCUUGCCUUUAAACGAGCAGAUUCAACAGGCGACACUACUAAAUAACGACAUGGAGACGCUGUGUCAAGACUCCGAUGGUCGGUUCCUCGCCUUUGGAGUGGUUCCCCAGGACUUCUCAACAGCAGUGAUGGAGAUACAACGCGUGGCUAGUGAACUACCCCACGUCCGCGGUGUGAUCUUAAGCACUGCCGGACUCAACGGCAAAGGGCUGGAUGACCCAGAGAUGCUCGAAUUCUACCGAGCUGUUGAUCGUGCAGGCCUCACGAUCUUCCUACACCCUCAUUAUGGAGUGGGCAAUGAACACUACGGCAAGUACGGCCAUGCGUUGUUUCUAGCCUUAGGCUUCACGUUCGAGACGACGGUGGCGGUAUCGCAGCUUGUGCUGUCAGGGCUGUUGGAUAAAGUACCGGAUACAUUGAGACUUCUGUUGGCUCAUUCGGGAGGAACUCUACCAUUUUUGGCGGGGAGACUGGAUAGUUGUGUGGAGCAUGACGCUGCUACUGCGCAGAAGCUAAAGCACGCACCGAGUGUGUAUCUGAAGAGGUUUUACUACGAUGCUGUGGCGUAUCAUGAGCCAGCGCUGCAGUGUCUGAUUGACUUCGUUGGGUGGGACAAGAUCGUCUUUGGAACGGAUCACCCGUUCUUCCCUCCUGCUAAGGAUAAGGAGUCUUUAGAAAGCGAGGAUCUGAGCGAGUUAGACUGGCGAUCGACGCUGUCGAACUACGAAAUCAUGGCCAACAUGAACAAGGACAUGCAGAGUGCUAUACUACGUGAGAACGCCAAGAAGUUGAUGGACAUCUAA